GAGAGAGAGAGUGCAGAGUUUCCGUUGUAAGUGAGAAAUGAGAGAAAUAUAGAAGAAGAAAGAAAGAAAGAAAAGCAUCCACGCCCGAAUCAGGUCUCGCGAUCCUCCUCCUUCUUCUUCUUCUUCUUCUUUAGAUCCACUCUCAAGUCUCUCUCACUCUUUCUUUUUCGAUUUCAAUCUCCUUCAAUUCCUAGGUCUCAAUCCAAUUCCAUUAUCCCAAUCAUUUCUAGGGUUUCCGAAUUUCGUUUCACUUUUCCGCGGCGAUUAGGGGGUUUAAUUCCGCCGCGGAUUGGAAAUGUACCGGAUCGUGACCUAGGGUUUCGCCUGCGAAUGUAUGAAGAUUUGGUGCUGCCUGUGCUUCACUGUGAGAGACGAGCCGGAAGAGGAGGUCAUGAAGGAGGAGGAGGGCGAUUUGGUAAAUAAGGAGAAUUCCGAGGGGGUUGUGAUGGAGAAUAAUGAGGUGGCGGAGGAGGAGGAGGCCGAGCCGAGACUGGAGGUGGUGGCGGCUGGGCAUGACGAGCAUUUGAGGAUGCUUGAAGGGAUGGUCCACGAAAUGCGGGGAGGGACUCACUGGGACGAGUCGGUGUGCGUUGGCGCUCUUGACACCCUGAGGGCGGCGAUUAGGACUACGCGGUGGUCGGAGGGAGAGACUAGCUCGGGUCCUCCGGCGGCGAUGGAGGACGGUGAUCAUGAUUUCCACCAUAAGCGAGCUAAACUUCACUCAUUUUCAAAUGAUUUCUAUUAUACAAUGGCAAUGUCUUCAGGUGCUGGAAACUCUAGUUCAUCUGACAAGGACUACAGCAGAAAUCAAGGCUCUAAUGUUCUGUAUAAGAGCGGAGCUUUUUAUCAUAGUCUUGUACCAAACAAUGGUGGUGAGGAGAAUCCAUUUGAGUCUGGCAGCGGGAAAGAUGAUGAAAGAGAUAACGGUGACACUUCAAACACUGAAGAUUUUGAAGUUCGUAUGGAUCUUACAUAUGACCUAUUACACAUGGUUUUCUCUUUCUUGGACCACAUUAAUCUUUGCCGAGCUGCAAUAGUCUGCAGGCAGUGGCGAGCUGCCAGUGCUCAUGAAGAUUUCUGGAGGUGCUUGAAUUUUGAGAAUCGGAACAUAUCUGUAGAGCAAUUUGAGGAUAUAUGUUGGCGGUAUCCGAAUGCCACAGAAUUGAAUAUUUCUGGUACCCCUGCUAUUCCCAUGCUUGUGAUGACAGCAAUCACCUCAUUAAGGAAUCUUGAAGUUUUGACUCUAGGCAAAGGACCAAUUGGGGAUCUUUUUUUCCAUUCCUUGGCAGAUUGUCAGAUGUUGAGAAGUUUGAUAGUCAACGAUGCUACUCUGGGUACUGGUAUUCAGGAGAUACAUAUAAACCACGAUAGACUGCGUCAUCUUGAACUGACAAAAUGUCGUGUUAUGCGCAUAUCUAUUAGAUGUCCGCAACUGGAGACGCUGUCAAUGAAGCGCAGUAACAUGGCCCAGGCUGUUCUUAAUAGCCCUCUUUUGCGCGAUCUUGAUCUAGGCUCUUGCCACAAGCUUUCAGAUGCUGUAAUUCGUUCAGCAGCUACUUCUUGUCCUCAAUUGGAGUCACUGGAUAUGUCAAAUUGUUCAUGUGUUAGUGAUGAAACACUACGUGAGAUAGCUGGUAGUUGUGUAAAUCUCCAUGUUCUCAAUGCAUCAUACUGCCCAAAUGUAUCUCUAGAGUCUGUAAGACUCCCAUUGUUGACAGUUCUCAAGCUACACAGUUGUGAGGGCAUCACUUCCGCUUCUAUGGUUGCAAUAGCAUAUAGUUCCAUGCUGGAGGUUUUGGAGCUUGACAAUUGCAGCCUACUUACCUCUGUGAUCUUGGAACUUCCACGGUUGCAGAAUAUUAGAUUAGUACAUUGUCGCAAAUUUGCUGACCUGAAUCUCCGAACUCUCAUGCUGUCGUCUAUUAUGGUGUCUAAUUGCCCUGUCCUCCACCGUAUCAGCAUCACUUCAAAUUCACUCCAAAAAUUAUCAUUGCAGAAGCAAGAGAGCUUAACUACAUUGUCCCUGCAAUGCCCAAGUUUGCAAGAAGUAGAUCUCACAGAUUGUGAAUCUCUAACAAUUUCUAUAUGCAAUGUUUUCAGUGAUGGUGGUGGGUGCCCUAUGCUUAAAUCUUUAGUACUCGAGAAUUGUGAGAGCUUAACAGCGGUUCGGUUCUGCAGCACUUCUUUAGUCAGUCUUUCACUUGUUGGUUGCCGGGGAAUCACUUCUCUUGAACUGAUAUGCCCCUAUCUUGAACAAGUUUCUUUGGAUGGUUGUGAUCAUCUUGAAAGGGCAGCAUUGUUUCCGGUUGGUCUUAGGUCACUAAAUUUGGGAAUAUGUCCCAAACUGAGCGCCCUCAGUAUCGAUGCGCCAACCAUGGUGCUGCUUGAGUUGAAGGGAUGUGGUGUAUUGUCUGAAGCAUCAAUUAAUUGUCCACUCUUAACGUCUCUGGAUGCUUCCUUUUGCAGCCAGCUUAGGGAUGAUUGCUUGUCUGCAACAGCCGCAUCUUGUCCGCUGAUUGAGUCUUUAAUUCUAAUGUCGUGCCCCUCUGUUGGUUCUGAUGGACUCUAUUCGUUGCGCUGGCUCCCAAAUUUGAUUGUGCUUGAUUUGUCAUACACUUUCUUAAUGAGCUUGAAGCCAGUUUUUGAGUCUUGCACUAAGCUAAAGGUUUUAAAAUUACAAGCAUGCAAGUAUCUAUCUGAUUCAUCCCUGGAGCCUCUUUACAAGGAAGGGGCUCUUCCAGCUCUCCAGGAAUUGGAUUUGUCUUAUGGAACCCUUUGUCAGUCUGCUAUUGAAGAGCUUUUAUCUUUCUGUACACACUUAACCCAUGUGAGCUUGAAUGGCUGUGUGAACAUGCAUGACCUGAACUGGGGUAGCAGUGUCAGGCAGCCUCCCGUAACGCCUAGUAUCGUCCCAUCUGGCAUGUUUUCACUUGAAUAUGUCCAUGACCCAGUUGAGUGUGGAAACCGGCUGCUGCAGAAUCUCAACUGUGUGGGUUGUCCAAAUAUCAGGAAAGUUCACAUUCCAGUUGCAGCAGGUUGUUUACAUUUGACUUCAUUGAACCUUUCUCUGUCUGCAAAUUUGAAGGACGUAGAAGUUGCUUGUUUCAACCUAUGCUUUCUUAAUCUGAGCAAUUGUUAUUCUUUGGAAGUUCUAAAGCUCGACUGUCCAAAAUUGACUAGUCUCUUCCUUCAGUCUUGCAACAUGGAUGAAGCAGCAGUUGAAGCUGCGAUAUCAAACUGUACCAUGCUGGAGACUCUUGAUGUUCGUUUUUGUCCCAAGAUAUGUCCGUUAAGCAUGGGGAGGUUACGUGCAGCGUGCCCAAGUCUGAAGCGCAUCUUUAGCAGCCUGUCACCACAGUCAUGAGCAAGAGCAGAAAUGCAUCUUGUCCCUUUCGGACAAUUUACAAGUUAUCUGCUCAGCAAACAGAUCUGGCAUCGAUCAGUGAUUCUAUGUAAAUGAUUUCAUCUAUUUCAGUUGCGUUCGCUUUUGAGAAUAUAGGUAGCAGCUGUGGGCGUCUUAUGUAGUCGUACAAUAAGUUUACCUGAGUUGUAUGAUUGUUUGUUUGUUUCAAUGCAAUUUUCCAGAUCGGGCUAGAUUCAAAACAACCUGAAUUCUGUGUUUGUUUGUAUAGGGUACUACAUUUGUGUCUUUACUUGAUGAUACUAUAAAUUUGUUUCUGAU